CUCCAGUUUAUGAUACCAGACAAGAGACACAAGAAACAAAUAUAUUUCGAUCGACAAUGCAGCGUUUGCUCCGAGGAAUCCGCUCCAUCCACCUGAGGCCCGCACUCCGAACAGGACUAAAAAUGGAGUCCUGCGAGAUGCGGGAGCAGCUGAAGUUCGAGUUCUCGAAGGACAACCAGCGCAGGGUGAAGGCUCUCCUGGCCUGGUAUCCCGAGACCGAGUGGAAGGGGGCCCUGCUGCCACUCUUGGACAUUGCCCAGCGCCAGCAGGGAUGGCUCUCGAUCAGCGCAGUUAAGGCCGUGGCCGAGAUCAUAAAGAUCGAUCCGAUGAAGGCCUUCGAGGCGGCCCAGUUCUACACGAUGUUCUUCAUGAAGCCGCGUGGCAAGUACGUGAUCUGUGUCUGCACCUCAACACCUUGCAAGUUGCGCGGCGGCGACGAGAUCUUCGAGGCCUGCAAGAAGGCACUCAACUUGGAGCACGGCCAAACCACUCCGGACAUGCAGUUCACCCUGAAGGAGGACUACUGUAUGGGCGCCUGUGUGAAUGCCCCAGUUUUGGCCGUGAACGAUGAUAUGUACGAGGACUUGGACGAGAAGAGCCUCGCGGACAUCCUGGCGGAUCUGCGAAGUGACAAGCUGCCUCCCGCAGGUCCGCGCAACGGAAGAUGUGCCAGUGAGCCCAAGGGUGGACCCACCACCCUGCAAUCCCAGCCACCGCCUCCCGGAUUCAUGAUGCAGGAUCUGCCAGAUCCCGGGACCAACAACUGCCAGUAGCCAUUGAUUAAGUCUUAAAGCAAUAAAUUCCGCCUGCCAUCGCGUAAGCAAUUGGCGCCCGCA